AUGAGCCAGGGCUGCGGCGCCUGGGGUGGGAGGGAGACGCGCGCCGGGAGCAACAGUGAGUGCAGCGAGUGGUGGCCUGUGCAGGAUGAUGAGUCACUGUCCGGGAGGCUGGUUAGCUGUGAGGAGCCCUACUCCUUCUCUAGCAGGUUGCUGUGCCAGAUCCUUCAGCUGAGUUUUGUCAAGUACCUGCUGAAGAUCCUUCAGAAAGCAUCAGUCUGGAUUGGAUUCUUGGUCCCUGUGGAGACCAUUAUCAGCAAAGUCUACCUCACCCAGUCUCCCACCAGGCCUAGACGACUUGCCAAGAAGCGCCGGGGGAGACUAAUGAGCCUCCUCCUCUCCAUCGUCCCCACCAGGAUCCAGAGCAUCUUAGGCUACCUGCCAGCAGACUGGGGCCAGAGCAACAUGCCCAAGGAGAUCCGAGAAGCUCUGAUCAACCCAUCUAGCAAAGCAAACAAGAGGAAGCGGGAUGAUGUAGCUCUGGAGGAACAGGAGUCCUGGUUGGUGGUACUGGAGAGGGACCUGCCAGAGGAUGACUCUGAAGACAUUACAUAUCAGCCUUCAGAUGUGGAAACAGAUAGCGAGGAGUACAAGUCCCAAAAUGACACUGAGGCAGACCUGGAGCUUGAAGAGCAGGAUGGGACCAUUAUACUGAAGGAGUCACCAGAUGCCCAGGUGGAGGACAUACAACCCGCUGGGGUUAGCGAUACCCCCGAGCUGCUGGCUGCAAGCACGGAGCUGGGACCAGAGGAUCCAGCUGGGUCCAGCAGUGGGGAAGAUGCCUCAGAUGUUGCUAGUGGUGAUGGACAGAAGCCAGAAGCUGAUGUGAGCAGUGGGGAUGGCAGCGAGCAGGAGGCUGAUGCAGACUGUGAUGACAGCAGCAGUUUGUCACAGUAUGGGAGACAACCUCAGUCUGCAUAUGUCAUUGAGAUGAUGCUGGGUGUGCACGGUGCCGUGGGCAUCUUCACCCCUGAGUGA